AAACAGCAGCCAAGAGAAGCAUCUUAUUUAUAAAAGUGCACUCCAUCCAUGUUUUCACUGAAACAUGCAAGUUGAGACAUUUAGUUGCUAAGCAAGCAUGGCGGAUUCACUAGCGCGGUUGAUGCGGCUCUUGGAUCAGAUGGGGGAGGAUGAAGCAGCACCAGAACCCCGACGCAACCGCAACAACAGGAAUCGUGCUCCUCGCAAUAACAGCGCCCCACCAUCUCACAACUCAUCAUCACCUCCCCAAUUCAACAACAGUGGCACACAGAACAUGACUGGUCUCAUCAACAACGCUGGCUAUGUUGAGGGCAACGGCAACGGAUCCAUCAUCUCUGGUGGUUUUGACUCCUCCACCAAGAAUUACUACUAAUUCUGUGUAUAUGCAUGCAUAUUUAUACAUCUUCAUAGUUUAUAAAAUAACUGGGGUGGUUGCUCUCGCGUGUUUAUGAACGAAUACCUCUAAACACUGCAAGGCUGAUUGUAUGUCAGAUAAUAAUUUACAUGGCCCUAAUAAAUGUCUGAAAUUGAUCGCUCCAGUUACCUGUACCUAUAUUCUUAAUGAUAUAAAUGAUUAUCUAUUACUGCUA